AUGGAUGCUCUAGUAAUGUCAAUCAAUCAAUUUGCCCUGGAGUUUAGCAAAAAGCUAGCUGAAUCUGCAGAGGGUAAAAAUAUAUUUUUUUCUCCCUGGGGCAUCUCCACCUGCUUGGCCAUGGUGUAUCUGGGCACCAGAGGCAACACGGAGGCCCAAAUAGCCCAGGUGCUUCAAUUAAGCAGACAGCAGGACAUCAAAUCUUGUCCAGAAAGUGAAAAGAAAAGGAAAACGGAAUUCACCUCCCACAAGGUUGAAGAAAUACACUCUGAUUUCCAGACACUUAUCUCAGAAAUCAACAAUCCCAGCCAUGCUUACAUACUUAGAACAGCCAAUGGGAUAUAUGCAGAGAAAAUGUACCCAUUUCUCAAGAAAUAUUUAGAAGACAUGAAGACAUACUUUGGUGCAAAGCCACAGUCUGUCAACUUUGUAGGAGCUUCAGAUCAAAUCAGAAAGGAGAUCAACUCUUGGGUUGAAAGCCAGACGGAGGGAAAAAUCCUGAAUCUCCUACCUGAUGAUGCUGUGGAUUCUGUUACCAGGAUGAUUCUGGUGAACGCCCUUUACUUUAAAGGAAUCUGGGAACAUCAGUUCUUAGUUCAAAACACCACAUUAAAGCCUUUCCAAAUAAAUAAGACUACAAGCAAAUCAGUGCAAAUGAUGUCCAUGAAAGAGAAACUUCACAUUUUUCACAUAGAAAAGCCACAAGCCACAGGCCUUCAACUCUACUACAAGAGCCGUGACCUCAGCCUGCUUGUACUACUGCCGGAAGAUACCAGUGGGUUGGACCAGCUGGAAAAGGCCACCACCUAUGAGAAGCUGAACGAGUGGACCAGCGCAGACAUGAUGGAGUUGUAUGACGUGCAGCUCCAUCUUCCUAGGUUCAGGCUGGAAGAGACUUACAAUCUCAAGUCAGCACUGAGCAGGAUGGGGAUGAGUGAUGCCUUUGACCAGAGGAAAGCUGAUUUCUCAGGAAUGUCUGCAGAGAGAAACCUGUAUCUGUCCAAUGUUUUCCACAAGUCCUAUGUGGAAAUAAAUGAGCAAGGCACAGAGGCUGCAGCUGGCACUGGGAGUGAGGUGGGUUUGAAAACGAGCCUCCCAUCCAUUGAAUUUAAUGCAAACCACCCACUUCUCUUCUUCAUCAGGCACAACAAAACCAACAGCAUUCUCUUUAAUGGGAGAUUCUGCACCCCCUAAACCUUGUAUCUCUCUCAUCAAACAAGACCAUCUUAUGGUAUAAAAAAUGCAUCAUAAGAAUGAAAAACACAAUUAAACAUCAGUUUGUAGCCUAGAUCUUUUUCAUAUUUGAAUAUUAGCAGAUAAAUCUUGAAAUAAUGCACUCUAAUAACCCUAUGGUAUCUAUAUAACUUGUAGAACGGCAAGUUUUAUUUUUACCAUUUAACAUUUUGUCUUAAUGUGACUUUUAUUUACAUCUCAGAAAUACCGAAUGUCUUACAAUUCAUGAACUACUUGGCCACCGUGUUAUCAUUGACACUGUAUUUCAUAUGCAUCAUUUAGUGAAGACAAAUCUUUGUAAAGGAGAUAAAUUGAUAAGCAAGAAUUUUCCCAAGAAUGUAGUUUCAAUAGUUCACAAAUUACCAUGGUAAAAUUAAAUCUCCCUUUCUGCUAUCUGAAUAUUUAACAAACACUUAUGAUGUCGACAUCAAUGGAAAAAACAAAAAACCACAGAAAUCCAAACAAAAUCUGGAGCACAGUUAAUAGCAAUGCACCAGUGUUGGCUUCUUACUUUUAACAAAUGUAUCAUGGUAAUGUUGGAGAUUAUCAUUAGGGGAAACUGUGUUACUACCAUAUAGAGUUCUUUGUAUUACCUUGGCAACUUUUCUGUGAAUUUCAAAGUUCCAAAAUAAACAUUUUAUUAAAAAAUAA